AACACGGGUGAAGGGGACUGCCGGUGAACAAAACGGUCUGACGGUAGGGGACGCUUUACAUUACAACCUACAAUCUACCUCAUAAAAUUGCUAUGGUUUGUGGUGACUCUAAUCGGCUAAACUCUCAGGGAAUACUCCGUUCAAAGUCACCAUUGAGGGCUUCGAUGUGUGUCGGGACGAGCGGUUGGGCUGGAGCCAACCCGGCCUAGCUCCGAUCAGCAAUGGUAUGCCUGACGCUCUGGGCCAGGGGCCCUUUCGAAAUGGCGUGAGUGUUAAACCCGUCUCUACCUCAUGUAUUACCACGCUCAUGGCAGCGUACGUGGAUUCGGUCGGCGAACAACUCUCCUGCGUUGUGUGUCAGAAAAGGUUCACCGACCCCAGAUUACUGCCAUGUCUUCAUACAUUCUGUAGGAACUGCCUAGCCGGGCUGGUCAGUCGCUCCCACCCCACCGGCCUCGGCAAAGGACUAUGCCUCAAGUGCCCCUCCUGUCACACUGUAGUCCCCCUCACGUCAGCAGGAGUCGACAGUCUACCAUCAAACAUGUUUAUUAGCAAUAUUCUUGACGUGGUGGUUUCACAGGAGGACGACUACGAUCCCGGGGGCUCGGAGCGAACGUCGCACUCGAGCAGAGGGCAGAUCGCUCGCUGGUGCAAUUCCUGUGACGAGGGCAGCGAGGCCACUUCCCUAUGUCAAAACUGCAGCGAGUAUCUGUGCGGAAAUUGCGUUAGGGCGCACCAAAGAGUCCGUUUAACGAAGGACCACCAUAUAGAAACGCUACGACCAGCUAGUCACCAAUCUACAGCCGGCAAUGGUAUUCACCACAGCAUGGCCCCAUCCCCUAAUCUAUCCUCCCCUAUCCAGUAUUUAUCCCUCACGGACAGACCCCCCAGCUACUGUGAUCGCCAUGAACAUGAAGUGUUACGUCUAUACUGCGACACGUGCGCGCAGCCCAUCUGCAGAGAGUGCACCAUGGUCGACCAUAUCGGCCAUAGUUUCAUCUACCUUCAAGAUGCAAUAGAGAACUCGAAGACAGUCACCGUAAAGUUACUAGCGGACGCCAAAGCAGGCAUCAAAGCUCUCGAGGAGAGCAUUCAGUUGAGUCAGGGGAUGGCAGAAGAGGUAGAGAACCGGUCACAGUCCGUGUCGGCGGAAAUCCGGGCCACUAUCCGGCGCUACAUCACUGCCCUAGAGGAAAGAGAGCGAGACCUGCUGAGAAGGGUUGAGAAGAUAAGACAAGUGAAGGGAAAAUCACUACACCUACAGAUUGAUGACCUCAAGGACGGCCUGACUUCCUUGACGCGGACAGUGGCGCAGGUGGAAAACUUACUACACACCGGCAGCGAUGUGGAUGUUUUGCACACUAAAGAUCGCAUGGUGGCCGAAAUCCAGCAGAUGAGGCGCUUGCGCGGUCACUUGCAACCACACGAAGACGAAAACAUCAGUUUUACCUCACCGGACUCGGCGCUGUACAACGCCAUCUCUAAGAUAGGCUUCAUUAACAGCAGCGGCUAUGCGCCCCAUUGUAUGGGGACAGGUGAUGGCCUGAAAAGGGCACUCAAGGGCAAGCUGGCCACCUUCACGGUCCACUCACGGGAUCACCAUGGUGAGGCCCGGGUGGUCGGGGGCGACCCGAUGGAGGUGAUCAUACAGAGCCCGGAGGGGGCGCUGUACCGUAAUGACGUCAUCGAUCAUCAAAAUGGGACUUAUUCUGUUACCUAUCAUCCCCAAUCUGAAGGCAAGCAUGUCAUUUCUGUGACUAUUCGAGGAAAACACAUUCACGACAGCCCGUUUACAGUGGACGUACGCAGCGGGAGAAAUUACGCUACAGUGGGACCGAUGUUGUUACAGUUUGGAGGUGAAGGGGAGGAACAGGGACGACUUUGCCGACCGUGGGGGAUUUGUUGUGAUCGGGACGGCUAUAUCAUCGUGGCUGAUCGAUCAAAUAAUAGAGUUCAAGUGUUCAACCCAGACGGCACUUUUCACCAUAAAUUCGGCGCCCCUGGCUCCCGGAACGGCGAGUUUGACCGGCCGGCGGGAGUAGCCACGAAUCACCAGGGUCACAUCGUCGUCUCAGACAAGGACAACCACCGCAUUCAGCUCUUCACUUUUGACGGCACCUUCAUUCUGAAAUUCGGCGAGAAAGGCAACAAGAACGGCCAGUUUAAUUAUCCCUGGGAUGUGUCGGUGAAUUCUGAAGGGAAAAUCUUGGUUUCCGACACACGGAAUCAUCGGGUACAGCUCUUCACCGGAGACGGACAGUUUCUCAACAAGUACGGUUUUGAAGGAGCACUUUGGAAACAUUUUGAUUCCCCCAGAGGCGUGUGCUUCACUGGAGACGGUUACAUGAUCGUCACCGAUUUCAACAAUCACAGGCUGUUGGUCAUACACCCCGACUUCCAGUCGGCCCGUUUUCUGGGCACGGAAGGUUCGUCUAACGGCCAAUUCCUGAGGCCCCAGGGUGUGGCCGUCGAUCCAGAAGGAAAUAUCAUCGUGGCCGAUUCCAGAAACCACCGUAUCCAGGUGUUUCUGCCAAACGGCAACUUUCUCUGUAAGUUUGGCACCGCGGGGAGUGGCCCCGGGCAGUUGGACAGACCCUCGGGCUUGUGUGUUUCCCCCGACGGUUUAAUCAUUGUCGUGGAUUUCGGAAACAACCGAGUGCAGAUAUUUUGAAUCCCGGUGGUAUAAAUGGUAAACCUAUAUAU